AUGGAGAGGGCUGAGCAAGCGGAAGGAAGGACUUGCCUUCUCAAGGACAAAGUCGUAUUUGUCUGGGGCGCAAUCACUACGGGAAAAUCUCGUCUUUUUGUCGAUUUAGCCCUACAUUUCAACGACAAGAUCAUCAACUCUGACAAAAUUCAAGUCUACAAGGGACUUAACAUAGCAACUAGGGGAGGAUCAAACUCGUUCGUGAAAGCACUUGUUGAUGACAAUUUGAAUUUUGUUUUCAAGUUCGAUUAUUGUUUCUUGUGGAUGCAUCUAUCGCUGACGCUUCUUGACAAGUGUGUUUAUGAUCGAGUCGAUCAAAUGGUAGAAGUUGGUCUUCCGAACGAAGUUAAGGGAAUGUUUGACCAUAAUGUUGAUUACACUAGAGUGAUAAGAUGUUCUAUCAGUGUCCUGGAACUUGACGAGUUCUUUCGGGUCGAAAACAACCCCAACUUGAACGCGGAGGCGACUAGGUUGCUUGAGUAA